AUGAGCUGCUUUGUGCCAGGAAUUCUCUCUCACGCGGACACCUGCAUUAGCUGCUUGUCUGCCCCUAGUCCCAGCCCAGAGGUGUAGAUUUUGUUGAGAAAACAUUUUCAAUUCACUUUCUAUCCGAGAUGCAUGGCUUUUCUAGUUACAUGACUGUGGGUUUGGGAGUGAGCGGCUAAUUUCAUCUUGAAGCUACUGUGGAAAGAGGAAGGAAAAGGCUUUUGCCAGAGAAAAGGCAGCGCGUGCAAAGGCAAAACCAGUAAAAAUUUGCAGACCCCAAGAUGUUCGCAAGUACAAAGCUGUAAAACCUCUGCAUUUGCAUAAGCAUAAUCUAGGUAGAGCUAUUGCUCAGCAAAUAGCAACUAUGAGUAAUUUUAAAUAACACGAUUAUUUAAUAACAUUAAAGAUUUUUUAUUUUAAUAAUCAAGGAAACAAAGCCUUUCAGCUGCAGUUAAUGUUUAGCUUUCCUCCCCAGGUUUUCUGACUCUGAGGAGUGAGAUUAUUUUGCAGGGAUUUCUGGAACUACAAAGGAGAUCUGCUCAGUUUUCUGGAGACCUGCAUAUGAGUAUUUCAAAGAACAUCAAACCACUUUUAAGUACCUAAAAAAAAAAAAAAAAUCAGGAGUAAAAAAUGAUGCUGUAAAAGGUGCAAAAAUGCUUCAAAAUCCAGUCCUCCCUUUGUGGUCCAUCCCCACUGCCCUGUGUUUUCCUGCCAUGAGGCAGUUGCGAAGCAGAGAAGACAUUUCCCGGGGGUCUCUGCAGGGGGGACAUCUGUGUGCCCAGCCGCAGCAGCUGCAGGCCAGUUGCACCCUGGAGAUCAUUUUCCUACGUAAUUAGCUCCCUUCGCUCCCGAGAGCUGCUUCUCCUCUGGGGCUCCCAGUGAAGGCGGCAGGAGGGGAAGGAGGUUGGGCAUUUGCUCCGCAGGCUUCCAGCCAGAGCCGCCAGUGCUCCUGCCCAGCCCCAACCUGGAGAGAAAGGGCUGGGGGAGAUCACAUCCUCAUCCUGCUCCUCCUCCUCCUCGGGUGAUGGAGUAAGAGGGAAACGGGAGACAACAAAAUGAAGGUCAGUAACACCUUGGCGAAGGCGCUAUACGACAACAAAGCGGAGUGCUCAGAUGAGCUGGCCUUCCGCAAAGGAGACAUCCUGACGGUUCUGGACCAAAACGUCAUUGGCAGCGAGGGCUGGUGGAAAUGCUCCCUCCACGGCAGGCAGGGCUUGGCCCCCGCUAACCGCCUCCAGCUCCUCGCCGCCUCCCAGGCUGUCCUGCCGCCUCCUUCCACCCCGAGCGACUCCGCAGAGCCGCCAGCGGGCCAACAGAACAUCUACCAGGUUCCCUCCGUCCCCAAGCCGACCGUGCUGUCGUCUACCUACGAGAAGAUGGAGGGGUGGGUUAAAUCCCCAGCGAAGGUCCCUGCCCUGCCCGCCCAAGCAAUAUAUCAGGUACCUGCCUUGGCUGCACAGCUGCUCAGCGAAAGGACCCGAAGCUCAACGAACCAGCACCUGCUUACUCUCCCGAGAGCAUGCCGGGCUUCGGUCCCAAAUAUCAGGAGUGAAGUGUAUGACGUUCCAUCCACACAGCGCCGGGAGGCCCUACUCACGCAGAGCAGUGCCACUCCGCCCACCGCACGAAAGGGCUCUGUGCCGCUCAGAUCCACCGAGGGUUUCCAGGACAAGCAGAAGCAGCUUUACAAGAUCCCAUCCAGCCCAGAAAAGGCAGGAGCUGUUCUCCAGACAGACUCACCGGCGGGCCAGCUAUAUGAUGUCCCUCCCAAAAGAGAAACUGAUGGUUCAAAAAAUGAAUCUCAGAAAAAGUUCUGGGGCCAUUACAAUACCUUGCCAAAUCCUCGAAAGUCAGAAUGGAUUUAUGAUAUUCCAGUAUCACCUGAAAAACCACGGUUAAAACAAAAGCCUUCUGGCCAUUCCUUGGAGAACCAGGUGCUGUACGAUAUACCACCAGCCAGGUACAAGGCGCUAACAGCAAACACUGAAGCCAAAGUUGUAAAUCCACAAUUAUACGAUAUUCCACCAACACAACGGAAAUUAACGUUUCCAGAUAUCCACCUCUACGAUGUUCCAUCUUCACGGGACGUGCUCCUUUUGCCACAAAACGGUAGCUGUGAUGUACCCCCAGGUCUCCUGGCUCCAAAGGCUGAGAAUCAGAUUUCUGAAGGGAACGUUUAUGAUAUUCCAAAAGGUUUGCCAACUGCUUCGCAGGCCAAGAAACAGAUGGAAAAAACCAGCGAUAGUUCUGGAGACCAAGCAUGCAGUGCUCCUCCACAGCUCUCAAGAGAUGCCAAAUUAGAACAAGACAGGUUUUCUGUUUCUAGUGUGGAGAGCAGAAGCAGCACGCUCUCUACGUCCUCAAACUCUUCUGCCGAGUCUUCUUCUACAUUAUCGUCAGAACAGCCUGCCAAAGCAAUCAGACUGGACCUUGAUGUAGCCAUAGAGACCCUGACCAGACUGCAGCACAGCGUAUCCAGCUCAGUUGCGAGUUUAAUGAUCUUUGUGAGUAGUAAGUGGAGAUUACAAGAGCACCUAGAGAAAAGCAUUGAAGAAAUCCAUAGAGCUGUCGAUCACAUAAAAGUGUCACUGGGGGAAUUUUUGGCCUUUGCUCAAGUCAUAAAGGUAAAUGCCUCUUGCCUCACUGAUAACAACCUUCAGACCAGAAUUAAAAAACAGCUAGAAAUCCUUAUGAACUCAUUCAAAAUCUUAACAGAAACAAGAGAAGCUCUAAACAACUGCAACUGGUCACUAGAGGCUUUGGUCCUCAGGAAACCUCAGAACAACCCAGAUGAUCUUGAUCGCUUUGUUAUGGUAGCCCGCACAAUUCCAGAUGAUAUCAAGCGGUUUGCAUCCAUCGUCAUUGCCAAUGGAAAGCUUCUCUUCAGAAAGCAUGAGAAGGAACAAGAAAUGAAGCAAUCAAAAGUGAACCCAGAAUACAAAAUGGCAAAACAAAUCACUGUGCCGAGAAGAAUAGAAAUAGAUUCACUUCAAAGAAAUACGCCUGACAAAUCCAACCAAAGUCAGGUCUCUUCUGAGAACCCAAAAGAGCAUGCCACUGAGGACUGUGACUACGUUCAGUUACAGGUUUUGCCAUCUGCACGAAAGACUGCAAUUCAAAGCAAGCAGGACUCCGUAAAGAAGAUCGCUCUCCCAGAACACUGUAAGCUGUGUUUCAGUGCACUUCACAAGGCUAUCGGUGUAUUUACUAAUAGUCUGAGCAACAACCAGCCACCUGAAGUCUUCAUAUCCCACAGCAAAUUGAUCAUUAUGGUGGGACAAAAGCUAGUGGAUUCUCUCUGCCAGGAAACUCAAGAAAGAGAUGCUCGGAACGACAUUCUCCACAGCAGCAGCCGGUUUUGCAGCCUCUUGAAGAAUCUCGCUGUCGCCACCAAAAAUGCUGCAAUACAAUAUCCAAACACAGGUGCCAUGAGGGAACUUCAGGAUCAAACCGAGGAGCUGUCGAAGUACACACAGCAGUUUAGAGCAAUGAUGGAAUGACAGGCACUGCGCUGUUUUCUACAGAUUCUCCAUCGUUACGAUUCUCUCUUUGCUCCUUUGGCAUGUGGCAGCCAAGCGGGGCAAAUGCAGCUCAGAGACAUUGACUUUGUCCGCCCUACGAACUCCUGGCGGGCAGUUCCCUGGGUACUGGUGCAGAGGAGGAUCCACACAACAGCAGAUGCAGAAGAGGAGUUGUAGAAUUAAAUCUAUACAUCCUUCUCUCUUGUUCAGAUCCUGCCCGGAAAUGUCGUCAUCUUAGUGGCUGGGCAGGAGUGUUUGCUGUGUAUUAGAGCGAAGUUAUUUUAUUAUCUGGCUGAUGUCUUAUUUUUUUAUUUUUUAUAUAGGUCAGAUAAAUAUUUUUUCCUUUUUUGUCUGUUUGGGUAUGUAAAGUCUCUCUUUAAAUUUUGCUGCACAACUUUCUGUAAGUUAUGAUAUCCCACCAUCAAACUUUACUCAAAAUUUGUAAUUACAAUUUUAUUUGUUUUUAACAGCUGCGAAGCUAACUGUUGUUCUUCAUGUACAAUGCGAUGAACGUGUCACAGGACACACUCUGGCACGUACUGCGCAUAGCCCAGACAUUAACGGGAAAUGGUCCAGCUGGUACUUGAGCACAGAGGAAAACUCACUUGCAGGAGUCCUGGCUCCCGGUAAAUCUCUGGGGAGCGCACCUCAGCCGUGCUCCGUCACAGCCGGAGCACGGUUCAGAGCAUUGCUCCAACCGAAACAGAACUGAGUCCCUAAACGUGCAGAGGCUUUGGACAAGCUCUGCCUGCAAACUGGCAAUGUGACAUCAUUUCUUGCCAGGUACCUGGCGCUGUCCAGGACGUCUCGCAGCAUCCCUCACUGCACUGGGCUGCGAGCUCAUCACCUUACCCCGACACUGGGUCUGAAAUACAGCAACGGUAAAGGCCCCAUUUGUAUGCCUGUGUUAUGUGUGGUCUUCCUAAUUAAUUUAUUUUAAAGGUCUUAUCUGAAGUUUCAAAGUCUGGCCUCUCUGGGCAACAUCGUACCUGUGUCUUUGCCCUGAACACGGACAAUGAGUUUUGUGAGUGGUUGCAGCUAACUGGCACCGCGCUGGCACACGCGGCCCGGUCGGCUGUGAGGAACCAGCUCCCUCACCUCGCGCUGUCUUCUUUCCUUCCCCUCGGCAGUCACCGCGUUCUAUCCCGUCAUUUAAACGUUGACAUUUGUCAAUACCGUUGUUUGCACAGUUAAUGCAGUAACUGCGUUCACGUUGGCUUUGUACUUUUUGUAUUAAACUCACUCCUGGACU